AUGUCCUCCUCCCUGUCAGCCGAAGAUGAAGACAUCUUCGAGCGCCUGCAACAGCGCAAGGACCCGCAGGUCCUCGAGGAACAGCAACAGGCCGUGAACGAGCGGACACAGGCGAUUCUCCAGAAGGCCCAAGCCCGUCUCUCGGAAUUGGUAUGGCAAUCCGUCUUCCUCAUCCUUGACCAAAACUCGACUCUUCCGUGUUCCAUCUCUUCGGUUCAGGUUCUCGGUGCCUUGAACACCCGUCGGAGCUUCCUACAAAAUGUUCUCAACCCGCUGUUGAGCGAAAACAAGAAUCGACCCUACACUCUGUCCGAGGCAUUGAAGGAGGUGUCGGCAACCGCAGACAAGCUUGGACGAUUUGAAUUGUUCCAUGAGCCCAUCUCGGUUCACCUGGACGAAGCCAACCGGAAUGGCGACUUGCGCAACAUCGAUGUUAUGCUCAGGGUCCGGGAGAAAUCCCGCGUACUUCUGAAGACAGGUACCGACCUUGGAAAUGCAGAGGGCUCGGCUUACGGAAAUCUCUUAUGGCGCAAUCUGUUUGGUGGUGCCGAGACGCUCAACCUGAAUGCUUCGCUAGGAACCCGUACACGAUCCGCCUACCAGGCCGCUUUUGAGACGCCGCUGUUCUGUGACCCCGACUUCCGUUUGGAAGUGGGCGGAAUUGCCAGCGCUACCCAGAAGUCCUGGGCUAGCCAUGAGGAGGUUCUCAAGGGAGGCUGGAGCAAGCUUCGCUGGCUGUCUCGCUCCGGACACCGCCACGAGCUCGGCUAUAACGCCUACUGGAGACAGGUUACCGGCCUUGCCGAGAAUGCCUCCUCCACCGUGCGGGCUGAUGCUGGUGACAGUGUCAAGAGCAGCAUAUUCCACAGCUGGGUCAAUGACCAGCGGGACAACGCAAUGCUACCUUCCCGUGGAUACUAUGCCAAGGUCUUCAAUGAGGUGGCCGGCUUGGGUCCAUUGAAGGGCGAUGUGUCGUUCUGGAAAUCGGAGAUUGAGACACAAGGCGCGAUCCCGAUUCCGAUUCCCGGUAUCAAGGGUGACAGUGGUGUCAGCUUCACCACUGGAUUCCGCGCUGGCCUUUUGUACCCCUUGGGACUGGACUCCAAUUCUCGCCCUCAACUCUCCCGUGUCAACGACCGCUUCCUCCUCGGCGGUCCUACCGAUGUGCGUGGAUUCCGUCUGUGCGGCCUGGGUCCCCGUGAGGGAGCCGAUGCUCUCGGCGGCGAUGUCUACGCCGCUGGUAGUGUGAACUUGCUAUUCCCGCUGCCCCGUGUCGGCGCCGAAAAGCCUUUCCGCAUGCAAAUGUUCUUGAAUGGUGGCCGCUUGCUGUCCCUGCGGACGUCGCAAAAGACCACCCCUACUACUAGUGGUGAGGUCCAGGAUGCGGUUAUCUCGACUGUUUCCGAUCUGCAAAGUGGCCUGCCCAGCAUCGCGGCUGGUGUUGGUAUUGUCUACGCCCACCCAGUGGCCCGCUUUGAACUCAACUUUUCUCUUCCGCUGGUUCAGCGAAAGGGCGAGGAGGGUCGCAAGGGACUCCAGCUGGGAAUUGGCAUCAACUUCCUGUAG